AUGCCUUCGCACCACUACGACAUGCAGGCACUGGGCCCUUCUGGCUUCCAUGCCGAGGCGCCGGAGCCUCAAGGCACAGCAGCAGCCAUCGCCGAGGAACGCAGCCCCACCGAGAGGGAUCAAUCCGAUGCAGUUACCGUAAGCCCUAAUGAGGGCACAGGGAUUGUGGGAAGCAUUCGCCAAUACUUUCGAUUGCGCCAUGGUAGACAUAAUGGAUUCACCAGUCGCCAUGUUAGCCUUGUUCAGCAACAUUUCGGAUCCGCCGGUCGCCACGCUGGCCUUGGGCUCCGUCAGCAGAUUCGUGAAUUCGCCAGUCGCCAAGUGGACAGAUACCGUCGCCAACGGAGUCGCCGACGGGAGCGCAGCCGAUUUGGAAACCUGCUCGCCAGUCGCCAGGCUAGGAACCGCCAACAAAAUAUCGAAGAUCACAAUUCUCAGCAUGCACAUCCAUUGACCAUGCUCGAAAAUUCCCCGUUGCAGAAUUAUUCUGAGCUCAGACGAUUUGAAAAUCUGCUCGCCAGUCGCCCGGCUAGGAACAACCAACAAAAUAUCGAAGACCUCAAUUUCCAGAAUGGAUAUGGAUGGCUCAUACUCGAAUUCCCGUUGCAGCAUGCACAUGGAUCAGCCAUGUCCGAAGCUUUCCCGCUGCAGGAUGACGAGAUCGAAGGCCACAUCCUUUCACGUCGACUUCCACAAAUGCCCCGUGCAGCCAGCCCCGUUCGCUCACACAGCAGUAACAUCUCAUACUUCACCGACAAUUCUGAUUAUGACCCACCGAGCGAUGGGGAUUCUGAAGUACGACGCGGCAGAUCCCUUCGACGAGCUGGAAGCAACUUCAGCGAUGCUUUUUCUGAGGGUCGGGGUCCAUCGAGGGACCAUUCUGAAGAAUGGCGGGGCAGAAGUCUGGUAUAA